ACCAAUGACAGUCAACCACCUUUAGACUAUUCUUAUCUUAAACUUGCUAAUUUAGCAGAUAUUUAUGAUGAAGAACCCAGGCCGUAUUUACUACAGAAGAAAGCUCCAAUCCCAUCUAACAAUAAAGAGAAGAAAUCAGGGAGUCGGUGUUUAAGGUUAAAUAAUAACUCAUUAACAGAAAUAUCACUUCUACCCGAAAUAAUCACCAACUUAUUUAAAGAUGCCAGGUCUCUGGGUUGGUUAGAUUUAUCUUUUAAUGAUUUAACCAACAUUGAUCCAAUUUUAUGUCAGUUUACAGGUUUAGAAAUACUGUAUCUCCAUGGAAACCAAAUAACAAAUAUCUCAGAAAUGGAUAAAUUACAAACUUUAACAAAUUUAAGGAAACUGACCUUACAUGGCAACACAAUAGAAAAUACCAAGGGUUACAGACAAUAUGUAUUGGCUAAUAUGCCAUGGUUGGUGAAUUUUGAUUUUAGUGCCGUUACAAAGGCUGAUAGAAGAACUGCUGAAACAUGGGAAAAGAUGAAUAAAACACCAAAGAAA